GUCAUUCAUCGGAAAAAGUUCUGCAUUGGUAUAUUUAUAUUAAGUGACAUGCAUUACAAAAUAAGUUUGGAUUUGAUUGGGUAAAAAAGAGUUGGCUGUUGGACAAAUUAUGUAUUAAAAUUCGAAGGAAGAAGUGGAGUAGAAGCUGCAGCACACAAGACGUCGUAAGAUCUUUGUAGCCAUGGCUAUGCUUGCUCGCUUGAGCUCUGGAGCUGUUAGUACUCCUUCAUCUCCUCAAAAAGCUGCUCUACAACGUUUUCAGAAAUGCAUUGGUUCCUUUUUGUGGCCAGCAAUGGCAGGUGGAGGAGUGCAGCGCAAAUCCACACAGAUUGAUGCUAUCGACAGUUUCACGAAUGAAUUAGUAGAACGCAAAAGUAAGAAAUGGCAAGAGCUAAGAGGCAAUAUGAUGUCUGGUGUUGAAGCACUUUGUAAAGAUGUUCAAAAGGUAAAAGUUGUGGCAGACGACGACUACGGCAAUAGUACAGCGGGUGGCACAAGCAGGAAUUUUUCGAAAAAUUUUGGUUUAAUGUCGAAAGGUGUCAUUAGUGAUUUACAAGCCCUUCGUUCUCCUGAAUUGGGACUUGACAUACGGUCAUUGUCUCAGGCGCAGUUGGAUAAUUUGCUCAGCUCCACGUUGGAAAUAAAAAACAAAGUGGAUUUCUUGUACUUGGUGCGGCAAUGCAUACGAUGGCAGCAACUGCCUUCAAAUGAAGUACUAGUCUCAUGCCUUAAAUACCUUAGCAGUUUGUCCAGAGUGCAACAUAUUGAAUCGAUAGCGGAGAUUUGCCAAGAACAAAAUCACGUUUUGACAAAAAUGUACUGCGACUUGGCACCGUUUAAGGCUAUGGCAUUGUGGAGGAGUGAUAGCGCGGACUUGGCUUUAAAAACUCUAUCUCAGGGAUACGAAAGUGGGUCUAAUGAGGGGAAACGGAUGAUAAGAGCUGCUUUUCGAACUAUUGCCGAAGAGACAUUAGCUAAGAAGAGUGAGGCUGUGCUGGUACAUCUGAUGGAAAUUGCACGGAGUAUUUAUGAAAAACAUCAGGACAUCUUUGUCAUAGCUUGUGUGUGGAAGCAAUGUUUCGUGAGUGAUUGGUUUUGUGAUCAAAAAUCGGCCGGAGAUUUAUUUUUGCAUUAUGAAGAACUACAGCAGAUGGUAGCUAAAAGAUCGGUUUCAUUGUGUGGAUCUUUUCUGAGCCGUAACAAUGUGGAUGCUGUCCAUCGUUUGAUCGAGGUAUAUCUUCAAUAUAAUGAAAGGGAAGCAUGUUCCAUCUGUCUUAGUUUACUCUUUAACUACCAAUAUAACAGAAGGGAUUUGCGUGCAUGUGCGGAAAUAAUUAAGUCAUGUAGUGAAUUGGAUAUGCCACUUUCGGAAAUUCAAAAUGAGCAGUUCCUUGGCUUAUUUAUAAACCAAAAUGAGAGCGACAAGGCAAGAGCACCGUUGCGUAGAGAUACUACUAAGGGAUUGAAGCAGUUCCAGUACAAGUUUUGAGAUGAUAUAGGAAAUAUGUUUGGCACAUGAGUAGGUAUUUAGAUGACACCAGAAGCAAUAUGUUUUACUAUAAGUUGUUUGAUCUAAAUGUGAUCAUUAGAUAUACUAAUAAUUAUUAAAAGUGUUUUGAAUUAUGUCGAUAA